AUGGAGGCGGCAAUGGGAGCGCGGAUCUUGGGUGAGGUCGAAGAGAUGAGUCUGGAGGAGAUACUCGAUACAAUUCGAACGUCCACAGGCAGCGCAGCAACCAAGACACCGCUCAAAACGACCCAUCUCCCAGCCCUCGACGAGAUUGCAGCCCGGCAUUUUCGGGCAACACAGGCACCUACUCUCGCCCUCCAUGGACGACAUCUUCCACUACUCUACAAGCUUACCUCGACGCUGGUGUCAUCUCCACAUAGCCAUGCCCUGUUGGUGAUUGAUCUAGCAGGGCGCUUCGACGCUACACGGCUGACUUGCACGGAGAUGGACGCGCGCCACAUCUACAUUCACCGGCCGUCACGGCCAAGCUCAUACGGCAGCAGCCCCACAGAAGGCGACGACCACAACAGCAACGGGACCACCAGCGCCGACCAUCUACGGGCGCUGGUCGAUGAGGCAGGCAACUUCAUGCUUUAUGGCGCCGCAGCCGCGCCGAGUGCGUCUCGCCAGUGGUGGGGCACGAUUGUAGUUGGAGGCAUGGGGGCCGGGCAGGUUGUCGCAGGGUGGAAGGGCUGGCUGCGGAUAUCCCGCGAGGAAACGCCUGGGUUUGCGCUGGGCACGAGUGCUGAGGAGGCUCUCACACGGCGCUCUGCGCGGCAGAGCGUUGUCGACGCGGCCGGCUGGAUAGCGGAGUCUCAAUGGGGAGACUUUGUCUUCCGAGAGGAGAAUGUUGAGGAUCGCUUGCACGGUGAUCUUGAUGAGGAACACCUGAGAUUGGGGCAGGAACAAAGGUGA